AUGAUGCAAGCUUUUGGAAAUAUUUUGAACAAGGAUAUGGACUCCCGUGUCAAACCUCUGGUCAACCGAAAACAUCCUCUAAUAUUUGAUGAAGUUAUAUGCUUUAACUGUUACAAAGCUCAAUACAGAUCAUGUAUCAACCCUCAUGCCGAAACCAAGCAAUACUUGAAGGAUCGGCUUGUCACAAAAGACAAGACCAUCGAGCAGUUUGUCAAACACCAAAGACAUCCUUCCAAGAUUAUGAAAAAGUUCUGGGAAAGGUGGAUCUCAUACUAUGCCAAGUUCAUAAAGAGUCAUUUUUUACAAUUUUACGUGAAGAAUCAAUGGGUCAAGAAACAAAAACGAGGCAAGAACAUCUAUCGAGACCAAGCUUAUGUCAAAAUGGUGAAGACAUAUCAUCAAAGUGUCUCAUUGAACAAAAACAGCAAGAUGGUGUAUUUUUUAUGA